GUCGGCUCAGCGCGGUCGAUUUGAAUCCGUCUGCGCUCGGCCUCUCUUAAGCAGGCGCUGCUAAGCCGCCGCCUCCGCUUCCUCCGCCGGUUCUUCGGAAGGUGCGUCCUUGUUUUCGCAGGGAGGCGAGGGGAACGGCUGGAAGCAGUGGGGCUGGCCCGGGCGGAGAGGGCCUUUUCAUAUUGAGGAAUAAUGGACGAUUACACGAAAAUAGAAAAGAUUGGUGAAGGCACUUACGGUGUUGUGUAUAAAGGCAGACACAAAGCUACAGGCCAAGUGGUGGCCAUGAAGAAAAUUCGGUUAGAGAAUGACGAAGAAGGUGUUCCCAGUACCGCAAUCAGAGAGAUUUCCUUAUUAAAAGAGCUACGUCAUCCCAACAUAGUCUGUCUUCAGGAUGUGCUUAUGCAAGACUCAAGACUUUACCUGAUAUUUGAAUUUCUUUCUAUGGAUCUCAAGAAAUACUUGGACUCCAUCCCAUCUGGGCAGUACCUAGAUCGUAUGCUUGUUAAGAGUUACUUGUACCAAAUCUUGCAAGGUAUUGUGUUCUGUCACUCGAGGAGAAUUCUGCACAGAGACCUGAAGCCUCAGAACUUGUUGAUCGAUGACAACGGAGUAAUUAAACUGGCCGACUUUGGUCUGGCUCGAGCUUUCGGCAUUCCCGUGCGGGUCUACACCCAUGAGGUAGUAACUCUGUGGUACAGAGCUCCAGAAGUGCUGCUAGGUUCUGCACGUUACUCCACACCUGUCGAUAUAUGGAGCAUAGCGACGAUAUUUGCUGAAAUGGCAACCAAGCAAGCACUCUUCCGUGGUGAUUCAGAAAUUGAUCAGUUGUUCAGGAUCUUCAGAGCUUUGGGGACGCCCAACAAUGAUGUGUGGCCGGAAGUAGAAUCCUUGCAGGAUUACAAGAACACUUUCCCCAAGUGGAAACCGAGCAGUCUGGCCUCUCUGGUGAAAAACCUGAAUGAGGAUGGACUAGACCUGCUUUUGAAAAUGUUGACCUAUGAUCCAGCAAAAAGGAUUUCUGGCCGCGUGGCUCUGAAUCAUCCUUACUUCGAUGACUUGGACAAAUCCAAACUACCAGCCAAUCGGAUCAAGAAAUGCUAACUGCCCCCGAAAAAACCUGAAUGUGGUUGAAGCAGAAAUACUGAAACUCGUGGUAUUUUCCCCCCACUGUCGAAGUUUAUUGAUAUCCCUGUUUUUAUAUGUGUCUGUCGUGUCCUAUUGUAAAACUGUAGCCCUGUCCAUAGAGUGCUCUGGUUUGAAUCUUCCUUUAAUUGUAAAUAUUAACCUAUUCACUUUCAAUAAAGCUGUACACUGCUCAGUGAA